AUGAAUAAGAAAUAUAAUAAUCAUAGUAAAGUAAAGCUUUGGGCGAUGAUAUCGUUUGUUUUACUGGCAGCCGCACUGGUGGUGACUGUCUGCGAUGCAGCCGCACCGACUACAAGCCCAAGUACGAAUGCUGGAAAUACAGGGACAAGUGCUGUAAAUACUAAUUCGAAUAAUGUUGCUCCUUCGCAAACUAGUUCUGCUAAUGGAUUGUCACAAAAAGCGACUCCAACAAAUAAUGUUGCUACUGCCUCAAACGGUAAUAAUGCAGCCUCAGCAACUGAUAAAGGGGCCCCAGUAACAGCAACAUUACCAUCUCCCACAAAUCCAACACAGAUCACUGCAGAUAGUAAUAAUCCUUUGCCAAGUCUUCCGGCGAAUCCAUAUGCAGGUGCUAAUGGAACAAUGACAUGGCAACAGUGUGUCGAUUAUGGGAAAUAUUGUCGUGAUGUCCUUUGCGCGUUCCAAAAUUAUACUGCUACUUGUCAAGGAGCUGGCGGAUGUACAUGUGUCGGUCCAAUAUAUAGUAAAGCAGAUCGAAUUGUUCCAAUCCAAAAUGCUGUUCGCGCUUAUACUGCCCCAGUCUUAUUUAUUUCUAUUGUCAGUCAUAUAUUUGGGCUGUUAUAUUAA